AUGACGGAUAGAUUUGGAAGACAAAAGUCUCAAAGAUGGGUCAAUUCUGUUCCUACUUAUGGAGACUGGGGAGACGACGAGUAUGGUUAUGAAAACGAUGACGGAUACGAGUAUCAAGAUGAAGAUUAUGAACUGCAACAACAACAACAACAACCACAGAAAAAUCCUACUCCUCAACGAUUUGAAUUACCGAGUGAUCAUGUUCCUCCUCUUCCAGCAGUUGACAUUAAAGAGUACCAAAAUCAAGCACAGAGUAACACAGCCACUACAAAUGGUACAAUCCCCCAGUCAGAUAUAGCACCAAGCAAUUUGGUUUUAUCAAUUGAUAAAGACAAGCAUGUUGGUGAACUCAGUAGUGACGAUGAGAUCCCACAAGUUGAACUGAACAAUGAUUCAUUUUAUAAUCCAGACCUGAAAUAUUCUGAUGAACCAGAAUAUUCUCCUGAGAAUCCUCAUCCACUUUCAUCUAUGGGUCAGCCAGGAUUAAGAUUAUCAAUUUAUAGAAAGGACAUAAAGAGCGCAGAAGAGGUAUUUGAUGGGUUACCAGAAGAUGACCAAGAUGAAAAUGAUUCAAUUGGGGAUGAAGCAGAUUUUAAAUCUGUGAUUCCAUCUUCAACUACUAAAGAUGUACCAGUACAUGAAACCACCGCCUUCAAUGAAUCAGUACCGCCAAGUUUGGUUUUAUCAGUUGAUAAACGUAACAAUAAUGGUAUUUAUUCCGAUAGUAGUGAAGAUGAUAUGAAUGAUAGUGAUGAUGUCCGCUCUGAAGUGGGAUUCAAUGAAACAGUUGAACAUUUUCAAAAAUCUUCAUCGAAAUCAACUUCAAACACUCCAACAAUUGAUACUAGAAAUGUCAAACCACUCAUCCAUCAGUCAUCACAUCAAAGUUUCGAACCACCGACACCAACUUAUAGCUAUUCACGCCAAGCUAGCAUUCCUCCAGAGAGUCCAUCAGUUGCAUCUGAAACUAGUUUCAAUUCCGAAUAUUCCUAUCAAAAAGAGCCAAUAUCGUUGCGUUUGGCCACGCAUCAAGAAACCACUGAAUUUUCAAAAGAGCAACAUCAAGAAGAAGACAAAGAAGAAAAAGACGAACCAGUGCAUCCAGUUGCCACUAAUGUUCUUGAAGAAACCAAAACUAUCACUAAUCAAGAACAACCGGGCUUGGUUUUAUCGGUGGACAAACGCAAAUUUGAUUUAAGUGAUGAUGAUGAUGAUGAUGAUGAUUGGGGUUACAACAGUCAGAAUUCAAGUAACGAUGAGUAUGCUGAUGGUGGUUUAAAUGUUCCCCAAGAUUCCCAACCAGAUAUCGAUUCAUUUAUUAAUGAGUUAAACAAUUCUUCUGGAGGGGAUAAAUCAGAUGAUAUAUUACCUCCAUUGGAUCACGAUGUAUCAUUGCCUGAUUUUGAGAAUACUUCAUUCAGUAAAUUUGAUGAAGAGAAACCUCUACAACAGAAAGAUGAACAAAGUCACCAUGAUUAUAAAGAAGAAGUCAAUAAUAAAGAGGAUGAUGAUGAUGAUGAUUAUUCUUUCCCAAUUAAACCAUUAUCCAUUUCUCAACAGAAAGAGGCACAUGAUGAUUAUUUGAAUACAUUAUCUGGUAGAAGACAAUCUGUUAGAAAACCUCCUAGACAAUCAGUUGUAUUUUCUGAUGAUUUUCCAGGUAUUGAUGUUGGAAAAUUAGAUGAAUUGCAUGAACAGGAAGCGGAAGAAGUUAGUCAAAUACAUGAACAAGAACAAGAUCACGGACAACAGCAUGAACAAGAGGAAGAAGAAGAAGUAGAACAUGAAGAAGAGGAUGCCACAUCUGGUCACCUUAAAGAACCUGUUAAUGAAGAUGGAUCUAGAAAAGAAAGUUUGGAACUAGUUCCUCCUGAAUUGCACCUGGUGCAUUCAUCCGGGUCAUUAUCUACAGGAAUAUUAUCCAUGGAAACUAGUUCACAAAAGGGAACUGAUGGUGCCGAUGAGUUUUUACCUAAGGAUGUUAGAGAUUCAAGAAGGAUUUCAACCCUGAGUAAUGCGACAUUCAACUUGGGUGGAUGGACUCCUAAUACUGAUCGAUUCCGUAGUCAGUUCAUCAAUGAUAAUGAUAGUGAAUCAAUUAACUAUAAUCCAGAAAAAUCUACUUAUGAUAACUUCACUAAGAUUAGAAACACAAAUUCUAGUAUAGCGGAAGAAAUUUCCAAUUCAAGUUCCUUAUCGGUUCCCGAAACCAUUGAUGCGGGUAUGCCAAGUAUUCGAGAGGAUCCGGCAAGUGAAGAUGAACAUGAACAUAGUGAUACUGAGGAAACUAAUAAAGUUGAACAAUACCAUGGUGAUGAUCAAUCAAUAAAUCCAGCUAUGACAAUGUCUUCCUUUAAUGAUUCAGUAUUGGGUGAUCAUAUUUACCAAAGACCAUUGUUUAAAGAGGAACGAUUAACUCCUGCUGCUUCAAAGGAAGAUUUGUUGCCACAAAAGUAUCAUAGUUUAAUUCCACCUGAUGCAAGAAAAGCAUCAGACAGUUCAGAAACAACAGAGAGAGCCAGGUCUACGUCAACUUCAACCAUGAAAACAGAUGCCACUGUUCGUGUUACUCCAAAGGUGAAUACUCCAUCAGCAAUAACACCGGGAAAGUAUCCUGUUUCUGAUUGGAAGAGUAUCAUUACUAUUUCUCAACCACAAGAUAGAAUUGCGGCUUUGAAACAAGCCUUAUUUAAAGAACAAGAAUAUGAUUCUGGAAUUCAGACUUGGUUGAAUUAUGCAUUAAAACAAGAACCAUCAUUCAACACCCAUUUACUGAUUGGUAGAGUUGCUUCUCAAGCUUAUCAAAAUGCUGCUCAUAAUGAUCUUAGGAGACAUGCUUCACUUCGUACUACUGUUAACCUUGUUAAGGAUAAAGUUGAAGGCACAACAGGGUCUUUAGGUAAAACAACUGGUUCAUUUGGUAAAAAGUUGUUCAGCCGCAGUAAAAAGUUUAUCAAAUCAACCACUGGUGAUAAAUAG